UGUGAUAUCGAUACCGAUCGAAAUGCGUGAAUGCCUUAUCCUAGUUACAGCGAUAGCAACAAUCGGUUCGAUCAGUAACGCGGCCGUUUAUCCGUGGAUUCCGAUCGCUCCGUGGUGGGUGCGGGCCCCCGAAAAGGACACACCGCCGGUGGUGAGCAUCCAGCAGCUAGGAGGCAACUACGCCUACAGCACCUCGGAAGGGAAAGCCUUCCAGGCGUUGGCACCAGCUGCGGUAGGCCAAUCUCCGGUGGGAACGGUUCAUGUUCAAACACUUCCGGGAGUAGCCGUUCACUACUUACCAGGUGGACAAGCUGUUCUGGUUCCAGCUGGAUCACUAGCGGCGGCAGCUAAUCCUCCGUCGCUCGAUUCGUCCACUGACGAGGGGCUGGAAACGACAACGACGGAAUACACAGAUGAGGAAGCGAGUACGGAUCCCGCGGCAGUUUCUGUGGACGGGGUUAAUCCGGAGCCGCCAAGAGAACCAGCACCGGUAACGGAACAUCAAGAAGAAAAUGAAGCGAUCGAAAAUUAGUAGUGUAUGUUAAAUUGCAUAAACAAAAAAGAUAAAAACUUGUGGUGUUCUUAACAAUGUGUUCUGGUUUAGUAAUUGAGUGAAAUCUGACUGCACAGUCAUUCAGCGGUACUAUUUCUUGAUUCUUAAUUAAAAAUAUGAUUAUCAACUAAUUUCACGGCGACCUAUGACAGUAUCAAGCACAGUGCUUUACACGAGAGCUUAUCUCGGAGGACGCAUUACUAUUAUACAAUUCAUGGAGUCAUUUCCAUAGCAGUGUACAACAUUGUUGAAUCAAUGAUUUAGACUGGAAGUUGUAAAAGUUGUGCAAUAAAUUUGUAGCCAUAAAAGACUCUUUUUAAUGUCCGAUGAUUGUCAAUUUACUGCAUAUGUUCCAAAUACGGAGAGUGUCGCAUAUUUCUGUUCUGAUAAUAAUCCGAAACCGAUGCAGCAGAUUCAUUGAAAUAGAAACCAUUGAUAGUUCAGCACCAAAUGUCGUGAUAAAGAACUCUUCAAGUAAAUUGACAUGGUGAUACUCAGUAACAUUAAGGGACAAAUAAAAAAAAAUCUGCGGGCCAUUUUAGGCCAUUUAUGCUUCCGAGGUUUGGUUUAAAAAAAGUUCACAAUACGAGGCAAAAUGUGUGUGCAAAAUUUCGCGACUUUUCAGCCCAAACUGUACGAUAAUUUGGAAAAAUUCACGGGUUUUCGAUCGUUUUUAGAAGGAAAAGAAGAAAAACUUAAUUCUACUAUUUUUUCUCAUUUAUUCGUGGGUUCUACUAAGACCCCGAAAAUAAUUUUAUGAUUAUUAUGGAAUCCCUAAACACAUGACCUGUUCAUUUGUCACAACAAUAUCAAGAAUAGUUAGU